AUGUAUUUUUAUUUUUUUUACGUAGUAAUUAUAUAUAAUGUAAUUAAAUACUAUUUAUGUUAUAAAAAUUACAAAAAAUCAUAUAAAGGAACACAAUUAUAUAUAAAUUAUGCUAUAAAUAAAUAUAAGAAACGAGUGAAAAUUAUAAAAUAUAAAAAAUGUAAAGAUUCAACAUUUAUAAGCUCAAUACAAUCACCCAUAAUAGGAUUAAAAAUAAAUGAAAAAUUCCAAGAAAAAUUAAUGAAGGAAAAAAAAAUAUCCUUUAUUAAUUUCAAUCUAAAUAAUAAAAUAAAUUUUAAAUUGAGUAAGGGUCUUUUUUAUAAAAAUAGAAAUGAGUUGAAUACUUUUUUGUGUUUGCAUUAUUUACCUAGUAUAUCAAAAAGAUAUUUAAAAAUUUUGUUAGAAAAUUUUAGCUUAAAUGAUUUUUAUAUAAAAGAAAAUAUUGUAUAUCAUAUCAUUUUGAAAUAUUUAGUUAUUAAUUACAAUAAAAGCGAUGAAAAAUUAUUAAAUUUAAUUGAUAGUAAUAAUUAUAAAUUUAUUCUAAAUCACGCAAGAAUUUUAAAAAAAAAUGUUAAAAAAAAAAAAAAAAAAGAUAAUAUAUGUGAUAACAAAAUAAUAGAUAUAUAUUUAAAAAUAAGAAAGAAACAAAACAUAAUAUUUGUUGGUUUAAAAAAUAGAAAAAACAUAAACAAAGUAUAUAAAAAAAUUAAAAGAAAUAUCAAUUACUAUGAUAUAUUUGACCGAUUAAUCAUUUUAAAUCAUUUCUAUCUCCAUUCACAAUAUAGAUUAUUAUUACUUUUUUUCAAAAACUACGUUUAUAAAAUUCUCAAUAAGAAUAAUAUAUUUAUAAUAAAUUUUAUUAAUAAAUUAAAUGAAAAUAAUGUCUUGAAUAAAUAUUUAAUAUGUCCUCAAUUAACACACGAUACUUUAUAUGGUGUUUCAUUAAGUAAUAAAAAAGAAAAAUUCAAAUUAAAUUUUUUAUCUAUUAACACAUCUAAUUUUAUUGAAAACUUUAUGACAGAUAAUAUUUAUUUAAGCGACAAAUGUUUUUUUAACAAUAAUAUUAACAGUAAAAAUUACAAUAUCAAUAAAAAGAAAAAGGGAUAUAGUAAAUUGAAUAGCAAUUUUUUAGUAUAUAUAAAUAUUUUAAAUGCCUUUUUUAAAAAAAGGAAUUAUUAUUUCAUAAAAGAAUUUCUUAAACAGUUUUAUACAUAUUAUUUAGACAAUAAUAUUCUUUAUGAUUAUAAAUGGUAUUAUUUUUUUAUAACAUUAUCCUAUUCAAUGAAAUUUUUUUAUUUAAAAAAAAAGUAUCAUGUAGAAAAUGAUACAUAUAGAUCUACGAAUGAAAGUUAUUUUAUUAAUCAUAUUAAAAUAUACAAUGAAGAUCUGUUUAGUAAUAGCAAUUAUUUUUUUAAAUAUCCAAAAGAAUUAAAUGAAAAAAUAAUAUUCUAUUUGAAAUAUUUUAUGUUUAAUAAAUUAUAUAGAGAAGAAGAUACAUAUAAAUUAUACUCUGUUUUACUAUUUUUACAAUAUGUUUUCUUACUUGAUUUAAAUUUAAGUAGUGUUGAUUUUAUAAAUAAGAAAUCUAUUAAUUACUUUAAAAAUAAUUUAUUAGAAAAAAGUGAGAAAAAGAGUAAUAAUAUCACUUUUGAAAAUGAUAUAAAUAAAAUUUGUGAAAAAAAAAAGAUAUCAGGUAAAGAAAAAUUAUUAAUGAAAAAAGAAAAAAAAACAAAAAAUAAUAUCUUUAUAAAUAUAAAAAAAAAUGAUUCAUUAAAUAACAAAUUAAGUGAUAAUAACAGAAAUGUUUUUUUAAAAAGAUUUUUAAACAAAAAAAAAGUUUAUAUGAAAAAAAAAAAGCUAUUUGCAUACAUCAUUAAAGUUUAUAAGGAAAUAUUAAGAAGAAAUUGUUUUAAUAAAAAUAAUGAGAUAAUCCUUAUUUAUAAUAACACUUUUGACGAAUUAUAUUUUUUUAUAGAUAAUUAUAUCACUGAUAUAAUGGAUAAAUCAUUUAAGAAUAAUGAAAUAUUAUUGCAGUUGAUAAUUAAUAAAAAACAUAUAUUAUCCUUACGUAAAAUAAAUAUAUGUUUUUUAUUUAUGUUAGUAUCUGCAUUUGAUACAUAUAAUUGUAACAAAAUUGCUUUGAAUAUCAUAAAAAAAAAUUUAAAUAUCCUAAAAAAUAUGAGAAGUAGUGUAAUUAACCAGUUAUUAGAAAGAUUUAAAAAUAGAGAUAAUGAACAAAAAGAAAAAAAAUUUUUUUUAUAUGAAAAGAUAAUAUUAGAAUAUAAUAGAAUUUACACAAUUUAUAAACAAAUAAUUAACUGUUGUAAUAGAGAUAAUUUAAAAAUUUUAAUUAAUAACUUAAUUGAUGAUAAGAAAAAUGUAAGUGAGUUAAAAAUUUUUAAAAAAAGAAUUUUAGUGCUAAACUUAAAACAAAUAUCUUUUAUUUUUUAUUAUUUAAAUAAAUUUAAAUUACAUAAAGAAAUUAUUAUUUUAUUUGAGUACAUUAUGAAAUCAAAAUAUUUUAAGAAAAAAUUUUUUAAAAUAUUGAAAAAUAGUAAGAAAAAUUUACUCAAAAAAAAAAAGGAAAGUUACAAUUUAUCUAAAAAAAUACUUUUUAUCUAUUAUAAAUCUAACAUGUGCUUAAAUAACUUUUUUUAUUUUUCAAAAGGUACAAAAUAUAUUAAAAAUUAUGUAAAGUAUUUAUUUUUUUAUUUUAACCCUUUAUAUAUAUAUUAUUAUUUAAUUAAAAAAUAUACAAAAAAACAAGUAUAUAAAAUAAAUAAAAAGGAUAUUAAUGUUAGCAAAAACUUUAUUGAUAUAGAAUUAAAAAAAAUAAAAAAUAUAGAAUUUUUUAAUUUGGAAAAUAUUAGGAAAAUAAAAAAAAGUAAAAUUCUGAAACGUUUUUUUAUUGAAAAAAUAUACACAUUAAUAAAUAAAAAAGAAUAUACUUUAAUUUUUAAUGGUAUUAUGAAAUAUUUAUACAAGAAAAAAACAGAAUUUAAUUACAGUAUGAUUGAUAAAGAAAAUAAGAAAUCUCAAAAAAAAACAAUUCUACAUUUACAAUAUGUAUAUUUAUAUUUUCAUCUUACUAUACUAUGUUAUUUAAAUGUCUUUAAGAUGUCUAAUAUUAUCUUUUUAAUAUUAAUGAAAACAUUUUUAUUAAUGAAAGAUAUUAAUAUGUUUGGUAAUUUCUUUAUAUCUAAUAAAGAAAAAGUAUGUGAACAUUUUAUUUUUAUUAACUCUUUGUUAAAUAACUAUCUUUAUAAUUAUAAAAAUAAUUUGAAUAUUUUAGAAAAUUUUUUAGGAGUACCAGUAGAUAUAUGUAUUAUGAACAAAAACGAAAUUAUUAUUUUUAAUUUAAAUUAUAAUGAAGUUAUUAAAACGUUUGAUAUAUUUAUUAAAAAUAAAAAUAAUAAAACUAAAAUAAUAUUCUUCAUUGAUUACAGAAAAGUUUCAUUUUGUUUAAUAAAUUUACGAUCCUUCUUUAAUCUUCACUUUUUAAAAAAUGACAAGUUUUUAAAAUUUUUAAAUCAAAAAGAAAUAAUAUUAAAUCAUGAAAAUAUUUUUGAUAUUUCUGAAUUUGCUAUAUUUUAUGGAAAUUGUUUAAAAAAAAAAAAAAAAAUUCAUGACUUUUUUUAUGAUAAUUAUAAAAAUAUUAAUAUAAAAAAAAACAAGAUUAUUAAAGAUGCUAUAAUUGUUACUUUGCUAAAAAAUUAA